CAACCACUCUCAUGUUUCCGAUAUCCGUACUACCUAUUAAUACUACUGCGUAACUGUUUGACCUACCUAGACUUGUCAAUCAUUCCGUCUGGUAAAGGAGUCGAGAUGGCCAUGGUGCCGUAGCAGUGAAGCAUUGAUUUCCCAUCCUCUCGAAACGCAGGAAAAAAGUCCAUGCCCAUGUCGGAACCACCACUGUCGGACGCACUGGCAGGCCCCCCGCCGCUGGAGCAGUCGCCGUCGCAAUUACAGCCUACACCACUGCCGACCGAGUCGCGCCGGCUGAUCAGUCAAGUCAAGCAAAUGCUGGGUCUCACGGGGUCGGGUCACGCUGAAGCUGACGAUCCCCAAUUGCCCGAGCUCCUCCCCAAGCUCCCCAACCUGGACCUGGACCUGGAUCUGGGCCUGGAGCUGCCGGCCGAUCUGUGCGAGUUUGCAUUGCCGCUUCAGUGUACACCUACAAAACUAGGCACCACUCAUCCAUUGCUAGCAAGCUCGGCGGGUGCUGCCGAUCCGCAUCUCCUCCACCAGGACCACCAAAACACCAACAAGACCACCAAUCUCGACGACGCCACGACCGCCGCUACUUCCGCUUCUGCCGCUGCCAUCUCGUCAACAACACAGCCGACCUCAGCAGCAACGCCAUCGCUCCUCGUCUCCCAGGGCGCCCUUUUGCUGCCAGCCGACGACGACCAUCCCGGCCCCGGCCCCUCCUCCAAUUACCGCGGCUCCUCUGCUGCUGCCGUCCUCGACGAUCCCUUCUUCUGCCGACCUGUGGGCGCGCCCAAUACCCGUACCACAGACACUGCCACCACGCCUGAUUUCCAUCCUAGUCUGAUUCUCAGUCAGACACCCAGUCCGGGUCCGGGUCCUGUUCCCAGUCCCCAGUCUGAGUCGACUUAUAGCUAUAAUCGCAAUGAUCCGCACCGACCGUGGCCUCCGCCUCGCAAAGAGUCUCUGAGAGUCGACAGCCCAACGCCGUGGUUCGAUCAAUCGCGAUCGAGACGUGCCAUGGCAUCCAUACACAUUGCCGUUAUUGGCGCCUACGGCGCGGGCAAAUCCUCCUUUGUCCAGCGCGCGUUCCGUCUGCAACGACCGCCCGAGCUAAACAUCUCGACCUUGCGCAUGGAAAUCCAUGGCACCAGAUACCUCGUCACCCUCGUAGAACUUGACCUUGACGGCUUCAAAGACCUUGACCCCGGCCAGUCCAUACAAUGGCCCAAGCAAAUAGACGGCCACAUGUUCCCCCACAUGCCCGACGGCGCCCUGAUUCUGUACGACGUCACCAACACGGACAGCAUCAACGAUCUCUCCCCAACCAUGACUUCCCUGGCCAACUCCUCCCUACCAACCAUACUCGUCGCGACGAAAUGUGAUACCCCUGCGAGCAUACGCCAGGUGGAUAUGAACGCCGUAGCACACAGCUUUCCCUCGUGUGUUGCCCAUCUGAGGAUCUCGUCCGAUAUUCCCGGCGGCGCUCGUGAAGCCCUCUUAACCAUGAUCGACGCCAUCCUGGCCAACAGACGAGAAGCGCAAGAGAGACCGAAAAGGUCGGUUUCGAGACGAAGAGCUGCUUCGGCCGCUAAUCUGGAUGCUACCCCCGAGGUCAACGGUCGUCCCAUCAGCCAGCACAGCAAACACAGUAGAGCAAGCUCGGACUUCUCGCUCUUGAAGGGCUUUGCGCCUCCUAGCGGCGACGGUCCUCACCAGAGAUCCCAACUUUCGAGGUCGCCGAGAAUGGAAUAUCUACAUGCACAAUACGGCGCUUCCAACCCGCAAUCAUCAGACAUCCCUGAGGACGGUCUUCCACACGCAUUGUCAGGCACGCUACGUACACCAGGGAUACGAUUGGAGAAAGGGUCGGAGACCUUCUUGGAUUUUGAAGAGUUGGAUCUGGAAAGCCACCGCUUGUCGGACGAUGUAGCCACAAUGGCUCGCAAUCAGGAUUAUCUGGAAGACGAGGUCCCUAAACUUGCCGGCGUCACCUUCGAUGAGCUUAUCGACAGGAUUAUAGCUCCAAAGAUGACAAGGGCGGACAACAACUUUGCCGACAUUUUUCUGUGCUUGUAUAGAAAGUUCGCUACGCCAUGCGAGCUUAUGAGCGCGCUCCUUUCGCGGCUGGACCGUUUAAGGGACGACACGGACAUGCCGUCUUUGCUGAGCAUCGAAAGCCAGAUGCGCGUCAUUGAGGUUGUUGCGAAAUGGCUGUCCCUUUACCCCGGAGACUUUGCCCGAACAGCAACGAGGAGGAGAUUGGAAGGACUAAUAAGCGACUUGGCAACGAGCGAAGUCUUUUCCGCAGCAGCCCGGCAGAUGAAGGGGAACCUGGAGCAAAAGGUGAUGGACGACGAUGAUACCUGGUGGGCAAAAGCGGACCCGGUCGACGACGAAGAUGACGAGGAGGCUGGCAGGGACGUAGAGCGGAAACUCGCCGAGUCUGUGGCUUCAGUGCAGAUUGACGAGUCGGGCGGGUAUGAUCCUCGACGUCCAUCACACAGUUCAGAGCUCUCGGGUGCUGAUCCGACUGCGAAAUUCACCUACCAUUCCAUCGAAGACUACGAGCGCGAAGCCGCGGCCUUGGUACCCUCUCCCGUCUUACCGCCGAACAAGAUCCGUUAUCACAGCUUCAUGGACAUCGAUCCCGACAUAAUCGCCGACGAGAUUACGCGCAUUGAUUGGAUUAUGUUCAGCUCCAUCCGCAUCCGCGACAUGGUGCGCCACGUUAGUCUGCCCGCCGACCAGAAGGAGAAAUGCCGCAGUCUCAAGAACGUCAAUCGCAUGGUCUCCCACUUCAACCACAUAGCCCAAUGGGUGUCCAACAUGAUCCUCAUCCGUGACAAAGCCAAACAUCGCGCACCCUGCCUAGAACGGUUCAUGGUCAUCGCCCAGCGCUUGCGCACGCUGAACAACUACAACGGCCUGGCCGCCGUAUUGGCCGGUAUCAACGGCACCGCCAUCCACCGACUCGCGCAGACGCGAAAUUUGGUUUCGGCCGACGUACAGAAGCGGUUCGCUCGGCUGGUCCUGCUCAUGGGCACGCAAAAGAGCCACUUUGCUUACCGGCUGGCCUGGGAGAACACGCCGCUACCGAGGAUUCCGUUCAUCCCCCUGCACAGACGUGAUCUUGUCUCGGCAGAGGAAGGAAGCAGGACAUUCGUGGGGCCGAAUAAUGAUCGGAUUAAUUGGAAGAAAUAUGAGGUGCUCGGGGAGGUGUUGCUGCCCAUAAUGAGAAGUCAGGGACAGCCGUAUCCGAACUUGACCAAGCACGAGCCUAGUAGGGAGUUGAUACUUGAUAUGAAGAUGCCGACGGACGAAGAGGUUAGUCUUUUUUUUUUUCUUUUUUUUUUCCUCUACUUCUUCUACAAAAUUUCCCCUUCUUACCGCUCAAAUUGUCCCCUUUUGCUUCAUAACCGCGUUUGUCUCCCUUUUUGCCCCUGACAGUUACCUCUACGUUUCCUUUGUCUGCCGAAUCUGUCUAUCCUGUUUCUUUGAAUAUCCAUUCCUUUCAGAACGAUAAAACUACUGUUAUUGGCU